AUAACAACUUACUGUUUAAUGUCAGGAUAUUAACCGAGUUAUAAACCGAUAUUUUUUCGCGCUGUCAUGGAAAAAGUAAAAUUCCUGAUUUUGCUGCUUCUUUUUGUGUUGUGUGACAGUAGUUGUCCGACCACCUGGUACACCAUUCCUGGAAACCGAUGCAUCAAGGUAAUCGGAGACAAGACGAGUCUGAAUAAAAUUCUAGACAGUAAGCUGUGCGAGAAGUACACAAUUGACACAAAGGUUGCAUCAUAUAUCUCCGUGACAUCACCAAAUGACAUGGCCAUAUUAUAUAAUUUUAAGCGUUGGGUACAAUUUGUCUACCUGGAUUGGAACUAUGACGGAUCCACCUACUAUUACAGCAAUGGAAGUAUGUUCGAAAUUGAUGAGUAUUCUUUAUUAACUGUUCCCGCUUUCGCAAUAGGCGGCUGUAUUGAGGUGGACCUGUCUAACCAAGAAGUGCAUGUAGACUGCAGGGAUAAUGAAGUUGGAUACAUUUGUGAAAUGAAAUUAUAAAAUGUUUAAUGCUAGUAAUGGAAUAAGUUUUUUGACAUUUUUUGAGAAAAGAAAGUACAGGCGGGAUAGGUGUAUCAAUGUUCUCCUCAAUCCGAACAUGAUUGAUAUUGAGGGAAACUAUAAAGAUAUGUGGCUACUCUCAGGCUUAAAACUGUCUUUAAUAAAGACCAUACUUUAAUAGUAAGAUGUAUAUUAAUUUGUUUAAUAGGCAUAGCAAAACAUUUUUAUACAGUGACUUACAAAAUAAAAUCAAAAUGAAAACUAUAAUUAUAAAAAAGAAACAUUAAAAGAAAAAUUAUUUUUGACAGUCUGAAAAUAUGUUUUUUGAAACUUAGUCUGAAGAUGUUUAAAAGGAAAUUGACUGACAUUGACUAACCUAACUUCAAAGUAGGCCUAUUAGCUAUGUCUUCCCCGAAACCAUCCCGAUUCUCUCAAAGUCCAAGACAGCAAAAUAGUUAUCAACCAUUACAGUGAUUAUGUAUUAGACUAGUUUGUGUUAGGCGUAGGUCUACUGGCAAUAUAUGAAAACCAGUUUGGAUAGGCGUAGACCUACAGAAUAUGAAAACAAAUAAAUCUUGUUUUUCAUUUUCUGGUAAUUGGUUAAUUAAUACUCAGAUUUUUAUAAAGAGACAGCUGAGGAGUCACAUUAGCUACCAUCUUGUCCCGUAACAGGGUUCGAAACAAAGAGGUCACCUAAAGUCUCGGUCAAGGUAUGGAAUAAAGAAGAAGAUUGAACGUCAAAAUAA